CUCCCUCCCUCUUUGUGGUUAACAGGAUGCACUUGCUGCAUUUGCUGUGAGGCGGUCAGUGUUUAAACUUCAGCCUGCAGAGACCAUGAAGGCAACGCUGCUUCUCCUCUUGUUGCUGAUCCAUCGACGGUCUGCCCACGGUCGUGCCUCUGUGAAAGUCGUUCCCAACAAGUCUCAGUUUUCUGAAUAUGACAACAUCUUGGUGAGCUGUGAACACUUUGGCUCUGGUGAAUGGACGGUGUGGAGAUACACAACACAAAGUUUGGAGCUGUCCCAGUGUGGGUCGGGCUGGGGCAUCCUGACCUCCUCCACCUGCGAAAUGACUUCAGUCAAGCCGGCGUCCAGUGGGGUGUACUGGUGUGAGUCUAAACACAGGCAAAGCAGCAACGCCGUCAGCAUCACCAUCACUGAAAAAGAGAAACCAGUGAUCCUGCAGAGUCCUGUCCUCCCUGUGAUGGAGGGACAUGAUGUCACUCUGCACUGUAAAACAAAGACCACUCCCUCCAACCUCCCAGCUGCUUUCUAUAAAGAUGGCUCCCUCAUCAGGACUGAGCCUACAGGUCACAUGACCAUCCACAAAUUUUCCAAGUCUGAUGAAGGCUUCUACAAGUGUCACAUCAGCAGUCUUGGAGAGUCUCCACCCAGCUGGCUGCUGAUGAAAGAUGAUUCUGACCCGGUCUCUCUCACUGUGUCUCCUGACUCAUCUCAGGUGGGGGAAUAUGGGAAUUUCUUUCUGAACUGCAGCUCUCAUGGAUGGCACAUCAAAAGGUUCAACCCUAGCAGCAAGGUGUCCAGCUGUGGAGACACAUGGGGGACCCUGACUUCCCCUGGCUGCUCGCUCGCAACAGUCAAGAAGAGUGACAGCGCUGUUUACUGGUGUGAGUCGCCUACAAAGCAGCGGAGCAACUCUGUGAACAUCAUUGUCCACGAUAAACCAGUGAUCCUGCAGAGUCCUGUCCUCCCCGUGAAGCCGGGAGAAAAUGUCACUCUGCACUGUAAAACAAAGACCACUCCCUCCAACCUCCCAGCUGCUUUCUAUAAAGAUGGCUCCCUCAUCAGGACUGAGCCUACAGGUCACAUGACCAUCCACCAUGUUACCAAGUCUGAUGAAGGCCUCUACAAGUGUCACAUCAGCAGUGAUGGAGAGUCUCCACCCAGCUGGCUGUUUGUUGAAGAAUCCCACAGCUCACAUUCUCAAUCAGCCCUGUCUACACUGACAAUGCUCCGAUACAUCGUGGUCAUCUCCCCAUACUUCAUCUCCACUGUCCUCAUGGUGUCUAAAUAUCGACAAAGACCCACAGAAAGAGCCUUGCCUGUUUCCAUGACAACUCCCUCACUCACUGAAGAGAACGAGGAACCGGACUAUGAUGAUGCCCUUGCUAACGUCACCACCGAGCAUCAUUUUUAAGCAGCAGAACAGAAAUGUUCAGUUCACUGACAACACCAGCUGUGGGUGCUGGUCCUCUGAGUUUUAUUCCCUGGACCUGGACUAGUUCUUUGUAUUUGUACUAUAUGUUGUUGUUGUUUUUUUUUUUUUAAAUAUAAUGCCUGGUUUUGUGUAAAUUUUUGCUGGUGCUCUCUUUUUUACUCUGAACUCUUAAACUUUUAGUCCCAUGAGCUGUAAAACUGCUUUUUUAUAAAGACACAUUAAAGCCACACCAGUUUGCAUGAGAAAUUAAAAAAUUCAGACUCCUAGUGGUGUGAUCAGAAACUACAGAAACACACGAGAUUAAAAUGUAUUAGUCAAUUUGGAGGCACCUAACCCAACGAGGUCAAGAAGUGAAACCUCCUGUACAAAUAUACCACAUCGAUGUUUCCUUUGUUAUUGACACAGAUUAAAGAACUGAGAUCUAA